UGUGUACACUCGUCCGAAGAUAUCAAUUGCUGGUGACAUAGACUUACCUACGUAUCAUCUUGCUUGAAAGGUCAAACGCUCCCGCCCAAUUUCGAACUUUCUGUGACCAUCUUAUUGCAUAAAUGUUACAUCUGAACGUAUGAUAUAAAGGGAUAUACUCUUAAGAACAAAAGUAAGGCGAAAGAAAAUAGUGGACAGCAGGUGAAGCCAAGUAGACGGAAUCGCACGACGUGGUUGUGUGGCAGCGAAGAUGCUCCGAAGAGGCACGGGGCGAACUCCCCCAUUCAUUUUGGUGGGUCUCGUGGUCAUUGGGCUCAUAUUAGCCUUCAAUUGUUGGACUCUCUCGUCGCAGAAUUCCGACUUGCAACAGGAGAUAGAGAAAAUACAAGCCGAGGUCAAAAUCAGUGCCGUCAAGCAGGAACAGUCAGAAAAGAAGAAUGCAGCCCUUGGGGAAACUAUCCAUGAGAUGGAAGAGCUCUCCGGCAAACUCAAGCAGAAGCUCAAGGAUGAAGAUGACGCACUUUCCAAAUCAGACAAGAAUAAUCGUGAGAAGAGCUAUGAGAUCACAAGCCUGAAGAAUCAGGUGGCCAAGUUCGAGGAACAGAUUCUCUCCCUAACCCAACAAGUGGAGGAACGAGAGGUGGAGCUUAGCAAAGCCAAGGAGACCAACACACAUCUGGCCUCAGAGCGUGAUGAUGCCGUGGAGGCUAUUGCAGAGAAGGACACCCUCAUUAACACCCUCAAGAGACAGUUAGAACAGGUGACAGUGAAAAGAUCUCAUCUCACACUCUCCCUGGCAACAUGUAAUUCAGAACUGGUCACACUUAAGAAAGAGUGUGAGGAGUCUCAAAGGGCAGCUGAUGAAUUAGCUGAUAUUAUAGUCCAGGCCAAGCGUGAUGUGCAGUUGGAGUACGAUUCAAAACUAAGCCAAGCAAAGGAGCAGCUUGUGGAGGAAAAGGGUCGCAGCAGCUCCUUACAGUACUCUGUGGAUGACCUACAGAAGAAACUGACCCAAUCAUUUGGUGAUUUGACUGAGUGCCAAGAUAAAGUUGCAGAGAUUGAGUCCUCCCUGAAAGCUCAGGAGGCCAAGGAAGUGAAGGAAAAGUCAAGAAGUGCCAUUCUGGAGAACUCUGUCUCGGAUCUGAACAGCAAAUUGACUCAGACCUUGGCGGAGUUGACAGAGUGUGAAGAUAGUGUGGUUAAGCUCAAAAACUUGGCUGAAGCUCAUGAGGCUGAGCUCUCGAAGGCGCAGAAGGAGGUGGCGGCAGUGAGGAAAGAGAAGAUGGCGGUGGCAAAGCCCGAGAUGGUCCCUGGGGCCAUGAACCUGCCUGGAAUACAGCACAAAGAUCCCUACCUCGGCCCUGGCCAGCUUGGGUAUGUCCAACGGGGGGUGGUGCAGACCCGUGAUAAGGGGCUGGAUGGUAUCACCUUCCACCGGGGACUGCCCAUCCUCCCGCGGGACUCCCCCAAUUCCCCUCGCAAGCAACCCAGAUUCAGUGUAGCUGACAUAGCCAAGGAGAUGAAAAUAGCAGAAAAUGAACCAGAUGCAGGUGUUCUAGCCAACCCUCAGGCCAUUGUACCCCAUCAUCUUGCAGACAACCACGGCAUUGGACAAGCAGCUGCAGGAGGAAUCUUAGGAUUGCCCGAGUUUAGGGCCUUGCCCCUGCCUGCCCAAAGGCGAGGGAUGAUCACCCGAAGUCACCUGGCCCCCCCGCCCAGGGUUGUACCUGUCCCAGGCCCAGAUGUCAUGGAAAGACCAGCUCCCCCAGUAGCUAACAAUAACUUGCCGAUCCAGCCCCCUGAGGGUAUGGAGGGUGAAGGCAACCAGAACAACCUGCUUGCAAAUAAUAAUGGGCCUGCAGUAGUGGAGCGGCCCAACCCUCCAGUGGGCAACGCUCCCAUCCAGGCUCCUGAACACCCACCUGAGGGCGAAGGGCAACAAGUGGUAAACGAUGUGUUAGCACCUCCUCCCCAGCACCUCGAUGGUCUGAAAUCCAAUGACGUGCAUGCAGAAGAUGGUGCAAAUUUGCUUAAACUGCGGCACGAAAAGGAAGACGAGGAAGAGAAAGGGAAUAAAGCUGAGGAAGAUUUGAACGAUGGCAAUAAACAAGACAAUUUGGACGCGGCAAUAGACGAGGAGGAGAAGAUCGUGGAAGAUUUAAUGGACGACCAGGACGAGGAGGGUAAUGAGGUAAAACGCAAUAAUGAAGAAGUCCUGGAUGAGGACAAUGCCCUGGAGGACCUCAAGGACCACCCUAGGGUCGGCAACCUGGUGGGGGGACUCAAGGUCCCCCUUGGGUUCCACCCAGAAGAGGCCAACCCCCAAGACAUGAACAUGGAGGAGGACAUCAUUGGCAAUCAAGGCAAUUACUAUGAUGGUAACAUUGAUAAUAACAACAUUAGAAAUCUUCAGAGACCUCCAGAUUUUCAUUAACAAAUUAUUUUUUUCUCUCUAUCCUUUUUUGUCUAUGGAAUGAACUGCCAUUGGAACCUCUUACAGAGGAGACUUUGCAGUUAUUCUUUUGCUAUUUAUUUUGCUAGAUGUAGGAGUGUUAGUAGCUAGUAGGGGGUUGAAAUAUUUACAAGGGAUUAUAUGUAUACAUAUAUGUAUAUAUAGAUAUAUAUAUAGAUAUAUAUAUAUGUAUAUAUAUAGAUAGAUAGAUAGAUAUAUAUAGAUAUAUAUAUGUAUAUAUAUAUAUAUAUAUAUAUAUAUAUAUAUAUAUAUAUAUAAAGGCAUAUAUAUAUAGAUAGAUAUAUAUAGAUAUACAGAUAUAGAUAUGCAAAGUAUAGGUCUUUGACAAUAAUUUUUCAUUAAUCCAACAGUUUAUAAGAGCAUGAUCAAAUGAAGUCAGUAAUAUGCAGUUGCUGAAUUUAGCUUACGCUCUGAUACUUUUAGCAAUGUAACAUGGAAAAAUUGGGACCAGUUUUUGGUAAUACAAGAUUAUUAAUGCAUUUUUGUGUUAAGUAGCAGUUUGAGUUUGGAUGGGGGUUAGAGUAGCAUAGUAUAGAAAAAUUGAUAUUUUGUGUUUGUUCAAAAACUAAAAUAAUUUAUUGCAUAUUUUAUGCUUUGGUAUCUUAAGAAGAACAAAAUGAUAUAGAAACUCCCUUCACAUGAAACAAAGGCUGGCCUUUUUAUGUAUUUUAGUAAAAGUGCCAUAUUCCAUAUGCAGAAACAUCUGUAUAUGAAGAGGAGUACUUUGUAAGAUUUUGAUUUACAAUGAAUGCAACCCUGAUUUUGAUGACUAUAACUAUUUGUAUUACAUGUAUGAUUUUGCUGUGUACCCUUAGAGAGAUGUAUGGCUGCCAAACCUUGUCCUGUCACAGCUAAUUUUAUAUUGCCUUAUCUCAUCUGAACCUAUUAAAACACACCAUAUAAGAGUUAUGAAACUUGACCCAUACAUCACACAACUUCUGUUACUUGACAUUGUCUAACUCAUAUAUCAUGAAUGUCAUCCAAUUAGAUAGUGAGAUUACAAAUUAUGCAUACAUGUUUAUUUUGGUGAAGAAGGUAAGUCAGAUUCUUAGUAUAUUAUAUAUGCAAAUAUGUGCCCGUAUUAGUUUGCAAAUUCAGCAGAAAUAAAAGCGAACUUUUGAAGUUUGACAUGUACGAAUUUGAAGUUGUUGCGGGGGUUCUUUAUAUAUUAUUUUACUUGAAAGAAACAUUGGGGAAAAAAGGUUUGAGGAAUCUGAGUUGUUCAAUGUUGAAAUUUAAUACAAAGUCAUCCUUCAAAUACUAAGCAUUACAUUACUACAAGAGUUAGUAUAUAGACACUGCAUAGUUAAUUCUACAGUGAUUGCAGUCUUGUUACAUCUACUUUUUUGAGGUAGAAUUUCAUAAUCCUUUUUGUACUUAAAUCAAGCAAACCUUAAGUAGAAAUUAGUAUAGAUAUAAUGUCUGGAUUUUUGAUUUGGACCUUGGAACACUGCAUUGAGUGUCUUUCAAGAGGGGACAUUGUUCAGAUUUAAUGAAAAUAUAUUUUGAAUUUAUGUGCAUGAAAUGACCUAUAGAUUUGUCAUCUUUUUAAAGAAUGGGAUGCAUUCAUAAGUGGUUCUUUGCCUUGUAAAUCCUGUGGAAUUUUGUAAUUAUAUGUAGCUGUUUGAAACAUUGUCUGAA